UUUCAGCUUUAAACCAGUUUUGUAAAUCUGAAUGUGACACUCUCACUGUCCAUUCUGCUUUGUAGCUCAACAUUUCCAUUAAGAAGCGUUUUCUCCUUGCCCUCGAGCUCAAACAGUGUUAGGUUUCCAAAAAAUUUCUUAUGUGCAUUCUAAUCCUCACAAAGCUUUUCAUGCUCAGAGCUGUAAUUUGCCGCAAAAUGCCCCUCGUGCCCUCAGCAUCGCUGUGGACGCUAGUAAUAAACACUCUGUGGGAGAGUUUCAGUUGGCCCCGCCACUAUUUUAGUAGAUAAGAGUUUAUCUCUUUUAAGCAGAUGGAUUUCCUUCAUGUCGUAGGCGCUAUAACCGUUUGUCAUUGGUGGAAUCCUCAAACUGAUGCCGUUCUGUAUUACGCGCGUGAUUAUUGUGAGCUUAGCAGCACGUCCGUUACAAAACAGGGAUACCUCGACAUGGGGAGCAUUUCUGAAAUAUUCUCGGGCUCAGGUUUUGCACUGGACUAGGACGGUGGCAGUAUGAUGACAUUUAAAGAUGACUGGCACUCUGGAAGGAUGAUCUUCAGUUUGAGCUUAGUGUUCUUCCACGUCCUGGUAACACACAGUAUCAUUAAGCCUUGCCACUGUUCAACCCUCGGGCCUGCUGGACUGGUAGUUAACUGCAGCGCUUUAAACCUCGUGGAGGUGCCUAAUCUGCCCUCCGACACCACAGAGCUCCAUUUGCAGAACAACCGGCUCACCUCGGUGUCUCCAGGCCUGUUUGACAGAUAUACUGGGCUGAACAAGGUUUCCCUGUCCAAGAACCCUUUCCACUGCGAUUGUCAAAUUCACUACCUGAGGAACUGGUUGCUGAAGAACAGGGCUAUUGUUUUGAAGGAGCCCGUUUGCUUCAGUCCAAGCUCUGUGUCUAACAAAGCCAUCACCGAACUUAGUGACGACUACUUUUCUCACUGCGCUGUUGCAAACUGCACUAAUGGGAUAUACAACAUCAUAAUAGGAGUAGCGCUAUGCUGCCUCAUUGUUCUGCUUCUGUGGAGCUUGAGUCUGGCCAGAAAUUCCAAUUUCACUCUGGAUAUAGAUGAGAGACACUCAGGAUUCGAGGCAGACUCCUUACGUUCACUGAAGCCCAAACACAGGAAGAGACUGCACACUGGACUAUCAGAGGUCAGUGUCGACUCAGAGUCUCUCGGUCAUACGGAGGAUCUAGAAAGGCCGCUUCUCAACAUGGAGUUACUGCCACAAGUUUUGGAUGCGUUGCACAAGAAGCACAAUAUAAAGAUAAAGGCUACCUGAGUGAUCUUAGUCCACUAGAGUUACUCUUAAAGAUUAAAGGGAACCCUAAAAUAUCCUGGCUUUUUGAAAUAAAAUGCACAUAAUAGUAGCCAUUGGCUUGCUUGCCUAAAUCAUUUUUCCUUUAAUAAAUAAAAAUCCUCUGCUGGUAAGUGUCUUGUCCUUGACUUUUCACUCCUUUAUUCAUGUUUUCGCACCUUAAACUAUAACAGACCCUUAAUUGUCCUUUAAGUCCUGAAGGAUUAAACUCUGAACAUUUUGGUUAUUUUGUAGAUGAUGCAUCAAAAGUCAGUUUUGUUUUUUGUUUUUUUAAGUCAUCUGAACUUUCUUUGCAGUCAUGUUUUAGUGGAAUAUACUAUACCUUUCAGUAUUUCAGCUUCUUUAGUCAUUAUCACCCAGUUGUGCAAUUUACAAAUCAUUUGAACCCUUUGCUCCUUUGACCACCGCAUGUAGGUCCAAGUCCAAACCAAUGCAUUUCAGCUUUUAGCUUCUCCAACAAAACAAGGGCAAAAUCUUUCAUGAUUCAGCAAACAAGAAUUCCUUGGGGAGACACAUUUUGUUUCUUUGUUUUCUUUUAAUCAGAGAACCCUUUAAACAUUUGACAUUUUUAAAUGCACCAGAACAUUUUCUGACUUGUUGUGCGAAAGUUGUUCAUUACAGUUACCCUAACCUUACUCUGACCCUAACACAUUUAUCGGUCUGCUCAAAAAAUUUAACGAACGCUAGAAAAACACAUAUCGGCUCUUUAAAUAGUCAAGUUGAAACAAACACACAUAUACUAACAGACACUGCGUAACAUCUUGAGAGUAAAAUUAAAUGACUCAUUGAAAACCGAAAUCAACCCCCUCGUGUGCUAGAUUCAAAAUUACACCAAAAAGCAAAGUUAAAAACUGUUCUCCUAGUUUUCUGAGCAGUAUUUACAUACAGUAUACACGUAUAAAUUUGUCUUACAAGUGGUCUGUCAGUUAUACUAAGAAUGACCUAAAUUAUAACAACCAUGUUAUGAAAGGGUGAUAUGGUAACACAAAGAUGAAAGGCUGAUCUGUGCAAAAACUGGUCAAGGCUGUCGAAACUGAAACUGUCAAGACAGUGCUAUUAGAGGAAAAAAAAAAUUGCACAUCGAACAGUUGUUUUAAAGAUACAAGAAUUACUCUUAUAUUCAUGCAUAGAUUUACCAUGACAAAUGGGUAAACAAAUAGCUAAAAAUGCAAUAACAAAAGGUCACCGUAAGAAUAAAGAUUAAAUGUUAAUAUGCUUCUUAAAAACACUGUCAUUAGCUUGUAAAUAAAUAUAGGAUGGCUUCAGGGUUUGUAACAAUCUAGAACAGUAGUUUUAUCUAACAAAGAUACUUAAUAAGGUCAAAUAAGGCAGUUCUUACACAUUUCCUUAUUGGAAAAAAAAAGAAACAGGUAAUGACUAUCAGAAAAAACAACAGUUAUUUAAUCUUUUUCCCCUCUGAAAUCUCCUUUAUUGUUAAAAUUUUAGAUGACCUAUAUUAUGUCAAUGCCCUGUCAGGUUUUUAAACAAAGUCCACAGUGUUAGGCUUCUAGAGGUCUGAACAUGAAGUGGUACUACCAGUUUAAUGCUCGCUUUCCCUCCCUUUCCCCCUGCUUGGAUCUCCAUGACCACACGAAGCCUGUUGGCUCAAAAUACUACUGAGGCACAAACUUUUCUUGCUCAAAGAUGAGAUCAACAGCUUCUGCCACAUCCUGCACGAUAUGGCCUGGCUCCACGAGACCAGGGUCAAAUAUGAAGUCCCGGUGCCCGUGGAACACAGUCUCCUUGAUGCAGUGAUUUGCAUCAGACGGCACCUCUGCGUUGGGGUUAUACACCCCUGUACAGACUAGGACAGACUUACAGGAAGUAGCAGAGGGCAGAGCGAGCUCGCUUUCCCACAGGCUGUCAAUCUCUUCCUCCCUGGGCACUGCCGUGGUGGACCCAGUGGCAGACACCAUCUUAGCAACAGCUUUGGGGUUUUUUCUCGCAACUCUCUCCUCCAGGUAGCGGUUGUACAGAUUGGCUCCAUAGAUGUCAGUCAUGAGGUUAUCCCUAAAAAUGCAGAAGAAAAGGGUAUUACUCUGUGCCCCAGGCAGCAUGCAUGAAGUUGACCUAUAUAUCAGUACAUGUUGAAAUGUGUGUGGUUUUUUCCUGGUGCUGAGUGCAAGUCACAUGAAUUAGAACAAACAAUCAGCUAAAAAAAAAAAAGCUGAAGUGAAACAUGCAAGUCCCCAAAUUAAAGCACGACAGAAUGACAUGCUAACUAACACACGUAAGCAUUUAAAAGCAAACAGUUUUCUCAUCAAAUUAUUAGCAACAUUUCAGUAAAAUCUUCUUUUGAUAGCCUAUCUGUCUAUCAGACAUCAUGAUAAGUGAGUUCUGGUCUUAUGUUAAGUAUAAAGGCAAAACAGAGUUAAAAGCUGGUGUCUCACCCUAUAGCAUAUAGGGAAGUAACGGGAAGUUCCCACUGCCUCUGCAUGGCCUGGCUUCUGAUGAGGUACUCUGCAAAAUGGUAAGUCAGCUCACUGGGUUUUCCCAUAAGAGCCUCAUACUUCAGAUCUUUGCCGGUUAUCUUCUUGUAGAUGUUCUCUAGGCACACAAGAAAUGUUCCAUGGCCAAACCUGGAACAAAAUGAGACGGUGAAAGACAGAUAUGUCAGUACACUGAUUUGAUUACUUGAAAGACUGUUUUAGUUUCUUAAGUACAAUUUUUUUAAAAAACAUUUUAUAUAAAAAGACAGCUUUUUGUAACGUUUACCGAGGAGAAUGUGCCUCAGCCAUCCACAUGAGGUCCAUGUUGCAGGCCAGCAGGUGAAGUUGAGGAGUGUUUUGGGUUUGGUGACUACUACCGAGGUUACCAUUGGUCAACAGAACGUCAACUAUCAGCUGCAGGUUGGUUUCCCAUCGGAUCGGCUCGCCGAACAAAACCACAGCUGUUUGUGGAAUUCAAAGAUUAGAACAGCGUUCAUCAAAAUUGCAAGAAUUUCAAAACUAUCAAAGCAGAUGUUAGUAAGUGUACCAUGUCAAUGACGAAAGAUAAACGUUUAAUUUGAGAAGAGCCAACUAUUUUUACCUUCAAUUUUCGGAAGGCUGACAACAGGAUUGGACUACAUUUAAAGAAGGGAAAUUAAAGUUAUGACAUUAUAUUAUACAUAUCUCCAACAUCAUGUUUGUGCACCAGAUUGUAAAAUCUCACCGGCAAUUUUGGUCUCCUGUUGUGAUCCACCAUGUCCAGCAAUGGGUACGAUUCUCUAAGCAUAUCAAUACUGAUUACAUUCUUAAAGCCCACACUAAAGACAGAACGUUAAGGAGAAAUGAAGAAGUAAUACUCAAGUUUAAAUGUAAAUAUAUAAAUUAUAUUGUAAAUUUAAACAAAGCAGAUUUCUAGGAUACUUUUUAGCAAUUUCCAGGACAGGUCCUUGUCCUGACACCAAGACACACUUGUCAUGGAACUUCUUAAACAUCCUCAGGGGACUAUGGGACAUGAUAACUUGGUCUUGUGUGAUCUGAAAAUAGCACAGUUGUAGUGAGGUUAAUAGCAAAGGAGUCAGGUGAGACCAAAUUAUCCAAAAAUAAUCAGAGAUAAAACGUAACAACUUCAGUUUCAGUACUGUGCACAAGUCUCAAGCCACCACCCAUUUCUUUACAUUUUGCUUCCAAAGAGCCAGAUUUUCUUGAACACUGACUUCGUUUUUACUCAUUUUCAGUCCAGUCCUUUUACCUGAACAUUUCCAAAAUAAUAAUUGUUGUUGUCAUUCAUUCAAGCAUUAAAAAAAGGGCCGAACUCAAGAGAUGAACUAGUGUUUUAUAUCUACAGGUUAGCAAAUGGACAAUUUUCAGUCUUCAGCCUAUGUUGAAAAAAAAAACAAAUCAAACAAAGGUGGCGAUAGCAAAUAUUGACUUUAAAGCUUGUUAGAAUUGUACAAACUCUGUACAAACAUGUGUGUUUGUACAGAGUUUGUACAUUGUGCAUCUUUCAAUAAAAUUAUGCAUCCAUUUCUUAUUUUCCUAGAAAAUUAUUAUUUCUUAAAUAAGGGUAAACUGAAAAAGUUUUGAAUGCACUGCAUGCACACACCAAAGAGCAGGGGAUACACCCUUAACACCAUUAAAACUUGCACAGGAAUUUAAAACUCACAGGCACUCCCAGUAUGUGAGAGAGCUGGUCCGCUUUUGUUUGUCUGAGGCAAUUCCCUGCAUUUGUGACAAAAACAACUGGCACCACAAACUGUCCCUGAGAGUCGACCAACUUCUCAAAUGCUUUUGUUGCCGCAGGGAUUGGCAUCCUCCCUCUGACAAGCACGCCAUCAAUGUCGAACAACAGCCCAAAUCUUGGCUGUGGCUGCAGAAGGGAAGGACAGACACACACUGAUCAGCCAAACAAAUAAGAACUUUUUUAAGCGGGGAAACAACAUGAGUGAUUAAUAGCAGGCAAAUUAAGUAGAAUAACGGUUCACUGAAUAACCAAUGGGUUUGAAUGAUGUCUUAAAAAGGAUAAUCUAUUACUCUGCACAGUAUGACAUUUCCAAUGACACUGAUCAUUUAUUAUUUUACAUAACUUAAAUUCUUUGUAGGCAAUCAUCAUUAUCAUCGUGUAAGAAUGAUAACAACUGGUUUCUAUUUGACGUCAACGUGGGAGACAGGAAUCUAUAGUGAGAACUGCUAUGGUGACACAGCAGUACACAGGCCUGUUAGCAUAUUACAAUCAAUCUUACAGUAUCCCAAAUCUCAAAAUUCUUUCCCCCCCUGGAGCUGGGACUAAUUAAAACAAAGAAAGAACACAGUGUAUCAGUGCUUGUUUUUCUCAUGGUGGGAGGGGGGGCAAAAAUACAGCGAGCUACAUCUGCUGCUGCCCCUGAUGUCAGCGCCUCUGUUGUUUCAUCCCUGAGCGCAUCCACAGCUGAGAAAGUUGCGAGCAACCCCGCACGCCACGUCGAUACGAUACAUUGUAACAAAAAAACAAUGCGAGAGAACAACAAACAAAGUACCGCCUUGUUAUCAGUGUCAACGACAUGUUGUUUGCCAGAGCCCGAAGCAACAGCAACAGCUCGAACCGUACCUUGCUAUUAGACUGAGUUCCGCAAAGCCCGCACCGAGAACCGACAAUCCCAGCUUUACGACUGGCUUGGCGGUUACUCAGGGUGUACAAACCCCGGUAAAACGGCAGGAGUCCCCUCAUCUCCUUUACUUACCCACCGGGUUAAUGAAGAAAAAACAAAAUAGACAAUAAUGUGUAAAUCUAAACCCCUUAAGAAGCGUGAGCCGGCUCGCACCGGCCGCGCUGGCUGGCUGGUUGGUUGGGCUUGUUUUCUCUCAUAUAUUUUCUCGCCUAUAAUUUGACUGGUUGAGACCCGAUGACGACAUAUGAGGAGUAGGAGGGUCUUUUGCUGCAUCUCUGCCGGAAGGAGCUGCAUCUGCACCGCAACCCCCGCUGCCAUUUUAGACACCGAGGUGGAGCUUUCCAUUUCUUGUACGCACAAGACACGCAUGGAUCACAGAGGCCGCAGAGUAAAGACAACAUAGGAGAACUCAUUGAUCACCGCUCCUUGUCAUUCCGGAUCAAGUAUAUGUACAGCAGAGAGCUCAAAAUGGAUGCGGGUGAAUCUUAUUUAGCAAUGACAAACACACAAAUAGCUCGGUUUAGUUGCUGAUGUCACAUGCAGGAGUACGUCGAGUCCAAAAAUUGCCAGGAAUGUGCUGCAGGAAGCCUGAUAGGCAAAAGCGAUCCAUCCAGUGAGGGAGUGUUUAACCAUUUCUUAGUGGAAGAAAUAUGCCUGCUCAUGUUAAACACGUAGUUUUCUGGAUAUAAUACUGCAGAUGCAGACUAACAACAUGUCUAGAUUAAUAUAAAAUACAAGAUCCAGUUUUGCAUGUUGUUUAAUACCACAAUAAUCUGUAGGUUAUCUAGCAGAUAAUCCUUUAUGUGAACUUCUAGGACACAAGCAGCAGAUCAAAAGUUAUCAGCGUCCCACAUCUUGCGCAAGAUGUUCAGACGAGUUGAGAACAGAAGCAUCUGUAAAGAUAAAGUGUGGCAAAACGAGCUGUGGAACAUGUUGCAAAAGAAAUCAGACAAGAAGAUCCUCCCCGUGCUCCUCCAGCUUUAUUGAUAGUUUAAAAUUACAUUUCUAUUUUCUAGGACUUCAGUUGCACUUUCCUUCCGACUUAAAAACUGAGUACAAGCAAAUGGUAUUUAUACAGUAGUCUAAGUGAUAUUGUACAAAAAUAACAUUUUUGAUUUUCUGUGAAAACAUUUUUCAUUCCCAAAUAACUCCUAAUUCUGCCGUUCUGACAACUGUUGAUGUUAAGUUUUGCCAAGGUAAAAAAAAAAAAAUUCCAAAGCCAUUUUAAAAGGAAAAGUCUGCCUUGGACUACC